AUGGCUCAUCAAAUGUCUCCCUUAAAGCUGUUCCUGUCGCUGCUUCUAGUGUGGUUUACUGUCCGCCGCUCCACUGAGUCUGAUUUGUGGUCCAUUGUAUUGGCAACGAUGGCGGCUAGUGCAGGGCUUAUAAAAGUGGGUGCUGCAGGUGGCCGCCAUUACGGUGGUGGAGAUGGUGUGGGUGUUGGCGUAACGACUAAUGUAAAUGAUUGUUUCGAGACAUAUUUGCAGCAGAGUCGCAAUGCGAGUAACACCUAUGCAACGGCAUACAGAGAUUGCCAUGUUUUUGAUGUGGACAAACGUCUACUUUAUGCCGAGGAGCAGCAACCUACGCGAGAAGGUGUAACGAAGGCAGUGGACGAGAUGUGCACAGCUUUUCGCGAUUGUGCGGAACGUGAAAGUGAUUUGGCUUUCUUUCAAUGCAAUAGGAACAAUUCGUACAAAAAUAUAUACACACUAAUGAACGUAUAUUUAAAUUCAUCGGCUGCCAUUGUGGAAUUGGAGAAAAAAUACCAGGAAGCGGAAAAGGAAAUGCUGUUGUGCUUCAUUGCUGCAGACAAGCAAUAUCUCAAUUCCACAGCAAAAGCGUAUGUGCAGCUUUCGAGAUGCUUGAAGGGCGGCUGA